GUAUGCUUGAGUGAGUUGCAUGUAAGAGCAGCGGAAAGUUGAAAGAAAAAAAGCAAUAUGGCAACUGGGCUUUGACAGAAAAAUGACUGUGAUGCUGACUGUGAUACUGUGUACUGAGGUGCCAGUUCUGGAAAUGGCAUUUGAUUUUUGUAAUAGCAAAAAAUAAUAAUAAAUAAAUAAAAACCUCAUGCAUUCAGGUAACCAUGACGCCCCUGCUUCUGCUGUGUGUGUUCUUGCCCAUCAUCUCAGCAACGAUAUCAUUUGGAGAGCAUAAUGACAUGGAUGGGACGUUACGUGUUAGCAUCCCUUGGGAGAAGCCUCCCCGUCCUCUGCUGGGCAGAGAGGUAGUGGUACCAUGUUACUUCCAGGACAACACUGUCAACGACCCCGGAGCACCCACCAUCACCCCACUCUCCCACCGUAUCAAAUGGUCCUACAUCACUAAGGGGAAAGUUGCCACAAUCUUGACAGCAUCAGAGGGGAUGGUUCAUGUGGAGACAGAGUAUCUGGACAGAGUGACGCUGGUCAACUACCCGCAGGUUCCUACAGAUGCCACUAUGAAACUGACAGAGCUGAGGUCCAAAGAUUCUGGUACCUACCGCUGUGAGGUGACGCAUGGCAUUGAGGAUAACUACGACUCUGUGGACAUCCAGGUUCAAGGUAUUGUCUUCCACUACCGUGCCAUCUCCACCCGCUACACCCUGACAUUUGAGAAAGCCAAAGCUGCCUGUAUCCAGAACAGUGCCACCAUUGCCACUCCGGCCCAGCUUCAGGCUGCUUACGAUGAUGGAUACCACCAGUGUGAUGCUGGAUGGCUUUCUGAUCAGACUGUCAGAUACCCCAUCCAUGAGCCCCGGGAGCGUUGCUAUGGAGACAAGGAAACCUUUCCAGGAGUAAGAACAUAUGGUAUUAGAGACGUUAAUGAGACCUAUGACGUCUACUGCUUUGCUGAGAAGUUGUCAGGCAGAGUCUUUUACUCCAUGUCUGUAGAAAAGUUUACCUUCUAUGAAGCACAAGAUCAGUGUACCAAACUCGGUGCCAGGCUGGCCACCACAGGAGAGCUUUACCUUGCCUGGAAGGAUGGCAUGGAUGUGUGUAACGCUGGUUGGCUGGCCGACAGAAGCGUACGCUACCCAAUCAACGUUGCCAGGCCUCAGUGCGGAGGGGGGCUCCUGGGAGUGAGAACCGUCUACUUGUUCCCAAACCAGACAGGAUACCCCUACCCAGACUCUCGCUACGAUGCAAUCUGCUUUCAAGCUGGUGAAGAUGAAGGUGCUGUGCCUGGGAGGACCACACCUUUUCCAGACAUUAUUAGUAUCACAUCUGGCCCUCAGCUCUACCAAGACUUAACUACUCCAUCUCAGGAGAUCAAAUUCGGAGGAUUAGAAACUCUUCCCCCACUGCCUGUUCCACCCAGUGUGACAGACUCUUAUACCAAAGUAACUCCUGUGAUAGGUGAUCCUGGACUGGGACUGACAGAUGAAGAUGUAGCCAUGGCUCCCACAGGUGUGGUGUUCCACUACCGUCCCAUCACUGGUCGGUAUACUCUGACCUUCUUGGAGGCUGCGUUGGCUUGUCAGAGUAUUGGGGCAGUCAUUGCCAGCCCUCAGCAGCUGCAGGCAGCCUUUGAGAAAGGCCUGCACCAAUGUGACGCUGGCUGGCUGCGAGACCAAUCUGUCCGGUAUCCAAUUGUGUCACCAAGACAAAACUGUGCUGGUAACUUGCCGUACCUCCCAGGAGUCAGGUCCUAUGGACUGAGACCAGCCACAGAGCGCUACGAUGUGUUUUGUUAUGUGGAACGUUUGAGAGGUGAGGUCUUCUUCACCAGUGACUAUGACAGCUUCUCCUAUGAGGAGGCUGUGCAGCACUGUCAGAAACUCAACACCACACUGGCCACCCCUGGGCAAUUGUACGCUGCCUGGAAUCAAGGUUUUGACAAGUGCCGCCCAGGCUGGCUGAUGGACCGCAGUGUCCGUUACCCUAUCGCCACCCCCAGGGCUCAAUGUGGAGGCGGCCAAGUUGGAGUCCACAUUAUCUACGCCUUCCCCAACCAGACGGGAUUCCCUGAUGAGCACUCUCGCUAUGAUGCCUACUGUUUCAGAGCUGAAACUCCUGUUGUCCGUGCAGAAAACCAAACCAGAGUACAUGUGCAGAUACUGACUGAGGUUAUCAACAAGACAACAGCUACAAUCGAUCACUUUGUCCCCCCUGGAAACGAUAAAACAAUUGCUGAUUACAAUAAAACGGAAACCAGAACAAAUAAAACUGAAAUAGAGUUCAUCAACAUGACAACCAUCUCAACUCAGCAAGUGGCUCCUACAGUUCCAGUUGAUGUGUCGGGAUCUGGUUCAGCUGAACAUUCAGGCAGUGGUGAGACUUCCGGAGAGUCCGGCAUGUCAAGCUCCAGAGGUGAAACAUCUGGGUCGGGGCAAGGCAUCACCUUCAGCGGACACACCGAUGUCUAUUCCGGAGACCAGUCUGCCUCUGGUGGUCAAAAGGAAGCAGAGGGGGGAAGUACUGUUAUCUAUACGUCUGGAGAUGAGGGUAGUACAUCUGGAUCUGGAGUGGGGUCUGACGGACGGCAUUCAGGCUUCAUAUCAGGAUCAGGUUUUACCAGUGGAGCCGAGAGCAUUAGCAGUAGCGGUGAAGAACCGGUGAUCAUUAUAGUGGAGGAAAAGGUGAAGUUAGUGGAGACCCACCCAACGGUCACUAGUCAGGAACUAGGCCAAGGAGGAAUCGAUAUUAGAGAGGGGCUAUCAAGUGUUUCUGGAUCAGGAGAAAUGUCUGGGUCUGGGUCUGGGUCUGGGUCUGGUGGAUUUUCUGGCAUUUCAUAUGUCCACCACAGUGGCAUUGACCUGACAGUCCAACAAUCUCAAGAGCAAGAAGUGUCUGGAUAUCAUCCCAUUGAAUCAGGAUUCCACAGUGGUCUUCCUAGUGGUUUUCCAUCUGGUCUUUCAGUCAGUGGCUCUGCCUCUGGAGACUCUUCCCAACAUCCUGAUGACAUCAUCUACUUGCCUGAUCAAGGGAUUAGAGUGACUGUACCACCACUAGAAAAACAUCCCGAACAGGGCAGGGGGGAGUUGGAGGUAAGCGGGGAAAUCAGUGGGUCAGGGAUCCUCCGUGAAUUCAGUGGCACCUUAUAUACAUCAGGAAGUGGAGUUCCUCAUGACAGACUUGUUGCUAUGACAACUGCUACAGCCUACACCAGCCCAACCACAGCACCAUCAGUGUCAUUCACAACUCCUGCUACUGUGGAGCAGCCUAAAGUAAUGGAAGACCCCUGUGAUCCAAACCCCUGUGGUGCAGGUUCGUGUUAUGUGCAGGGAGAUCUAGCAGUGUGUCAGUGUCCAAACGGCUUCACUGGAGAAGACUGCGCAACGCCGAUGCAGGGCUGUCCUGAGGGCUGGAUGGAGUUCAGGGGAAGCUGUUACUUCCACUUUGAGGAUAGGCUCACCUGGUCUGAGGCAGAGCAACACUGUCGGGAGCUCAAUUCCCACCUGGUCAGCAUCAGCUCUGAGGAAGAGCAACAGUUUGUCAACUCCAAUAAUCAAAACUACCAGUGGAUUGGACUUAAUGACAAAGAUGUACAGAAUGAAUUUCACUGGACGGAUGGCACCCCUCUGACUUUUGUAAACUGGAGGCCCAACCAGCCAGAUAGCUAUUUUGGCUCUGAAGAGGAUUGUGUGGUGAUGAUCUGGCAUGAGGCCGGGCAAUGGAAUGAUGUGCCCUGCAAUUACCACCUUCCCUUCACCUGCAAGAUUCAACCUGUCAUGUGUGGAGCUCCUCCCGAGGUGGAACACGCCCAGCCAAUGGGCAGCAGCAGAGAACGCUUCCCUGUUGACUCUAUAGUCCGCUACCAGUGUGAUGCAGGCUACACACAGCGCCACCUGCCUGUCAUACACUGUAUGUCAAAUGGGCAGUGGGAAAAGCCAGUGGUGGAGUGCACAGAAGCCGGAGCCAGCAGUAACAGGCUACACAAAAGGUCCCUCAGGAGAAGAAGUAAAGGUGUCAGCAGCCAACAGGAACACAGGAAACCGCUCUGAGCAGCUCUGAAAGGACAUACAGAGAGCCACAAAGGACCCCUCUUAUUAAGCAACAUUGACACUAAUUGCAAAUGCCCGACCAAAAUGAUAGCAUGCCCUACAUGUAUACACACACACACACAUCAAAUCACAUUUAGACAGUGAUAGUGAAGCUGACUCAUGUUUUGAAUCUUUGAGUGUCACCCAGCAGCCUCUGAAAGCAGAUUAGAUUGCAUCUAAUUUAUUAUUCUAUUUCCUUGUUCACUGCUUGUUUUGUUUGCUUGUUUCGUUUGUUUGUUUGUUUGUUUGUUUGUUUGUUUUACUGCAAUCAGUUGUCAGCACUGCACACAAGUUAGGUUGAAAAAGAAACUGUCAAACGGUCUCUUGCAGGACUAUUUGACUGUUUUUCAACAGAUUAGUUAGGGCUUUCAAAUUCAAAAACUUUUUUUUUUAUAUAUAUAUUACUUGGGUAUUUUUCUAGAUUAGUUUAUUUAGUUGUUUUUUGUUUUGUUUUGUUUUUUUUCUCUCUCUCCUUUUUGGUCUCAGAGUCUAAGGACAGCCUCUUUGUUUCAAACAGGUAAAACAAGCUGUUUCUUCCAAUCUGGACCUUCACAGGGAUCGAUGUUUCUGGUUGUGACAGUGAUACAGGGUACAGUAUGUUUAGUUGUUUUUUUCUGUUUUAUAUCAGAAAAAAGAGUAGAUAUGGAAAAAUUGCCAGCUCAUUUCAAGCUUUUUAUCUUAUCACAUACUCCACUCUGCAACAAGACCAACAAAGUAUCAGAGACACUAACAGUCAGAAGUUUGGAUACACUUCCCCAUUAGAUUUAAUGAGAAAGUGUGUCCACACUUCAGACUGGUACUGUGCACUACAAUGAUUGUGCUGUUCCAUUCAAUGAUUAAUAGAAAUCGAAGUCAAGUAUGUAUCUAAGUGCAACAAAUCUGGAUUGAAAUAAUCAGCACCUAUCGCACUUUCAAAGUCUUCUGCCAUUUUUGUGCUAAUCAUUUGAAUCCGGUGCACUUUAAACAGAAAAAAAAAGCCAAAAAGGAAAAGAAAAAGAGAAAAAAAGAAAAAAGGGGAAAAAAGUAUAAAGGAAUAAUUGUUAUUUGUUGUAACUUAUACAUAUCAAGUGAGAACUGGCAGGGAUUUCUGCUGAAGGGCACUGCCAGGACAGUGCACAGCUUCACCUCACUGGGUCAUCUAAUGGUGUCAUGCACAUCCACUUUUUGCAGAUUGUUUUUGUCACUUCUUAAGAGCAAUCCAGCGGGUUGACCUCUAUCAACACUGACAUGAGAAUCAUGGUUUCAGUGUUUGUUGUGUGAUGAGUUUCUCACUGUAAAUAUGCUCAAUCCAGUUCUCUGAACAGCAGGAUCUGUCAAUAACUUACAGAGCAGACAACUUUUAACUGCUUGAUUUAUUCAGCCUCAACAUGUUCUAAGAGCCAACUGUACAGAUAAUGACAAGUUGGCUUCUUUUGUUUUAAUACAAGCCUCAGACAUCUUUGUAUGGAAGUUUUAGCUGUGUGUUACACAAUGGAGUUAUCAGCACAAACAAUAGGAAGCAUCAAAGCCAGCAGAAAUUACAGUAAGGAUGUGAUAAAGCUUAAUACACCAGGAAGCUGUAAAAUGUUGACGAUGACCUUCUAAGGUCAAGAUUUGCUUAAUCUGAGAGAGCACACAUCUUUUUAGUCCUUUCACAGAACAACUCGCAAACACUGACACAUGUUAGUCUUUCAUGGACAAACUGAGAAUACAAAAGAAUGUGGUUGAAUUUCCCCUUAGGGCAAUAUCUAAUGAUUGUGUGGAGGACAGCUGAGGAAAAAUGGUGGUUUAGAAAUGAAUGUGAGUCUAUUACAGUGUUUUUAAUAUAAUAUAUCUUAACGAAUAAACCAAAAUAGUGACAUCAUUUGGGUGGAGACUGGUCAGAUUCUGAAUCCUGAUGUGAACAUAGUUUACUGUACUGUGCUGUGCCAAAUAAAACUUGGAACAAUU